GUUACGUCAGGGCGUCAGGACUCCAUUAGAGCUGCAGCUGUUUUGAGAGAAACAACAACAAAACGGGCUAACUGACAGAGCUUCCAUAGUGACAGUACGCUCUGAGCCCGACAACGAGGCCUCAAAUCUGGAAGCUUAACCUUCAUUUCCCACCCGGAGCUCCGCCGGCUUCUAACCACGGCCGCUCUCGGUGAGGAAACUCUGGCCUCCGCUUCCUCCUCCUCCGACUCGGACACCGGCGGAGCGUCGCCGCCCCCGCGGAAGAAGCACCGAGCCUCGGCGGCGGAGGGAGCAGGAGAGCCCGGGGCUUCAGCAGUUGUAACAGGCCUAUCCGGAGUUGUCCUAGGACUUGCUUCACACUCUCAAGCCACCUCUGCCAUCCUUUUUAACCGCAAUCUUGUCAACAACCUCAGCAGCAACAUGCAGUCAAACGGGGCAGGACAGGGACAAGAAUCCUCAGAUCUCUCCUGCCUAAACAGCGCACAAAAUGGGGAGUCAUCCUCGGCCGCUGGAGCCCAUUCCAACGGGCUUCUCUCCAGCACAGACAACGGUAACAGUGUCGGUACCAGUAACGGGGCUUCAGUCGGGCCCUGUUCGGGGACUUCGUCUGCCUCUACGGCCUCGGAGGCUGGCUCGUUGAAAAAGAAGAAACGACUAUCGCAGGCGGAGGAAGAUGUCAUACGAUUAAUAGGGCAACAUCUCCACGGACUAGGGCUGAAUCAGACAGUGGACCUGCUGAUGCAGGAAUCAGGCUGCAGACUGGAACACCCCUCAGCUACCAAGUUCCGCAACCAUGUCAUGGAGGGGGAGUGGGACAAGGCUGAGAAUGAUCUCAAUGAGCUCAGAGCACUGAUGCAUUCUCCCAAUGCUAUUGUGCGUAUGAAGUUCCUGCUGCUGCAGCAGAAGUACCUCGAGUAUCUGGAGGACGGCAAAGUCUUGGAGGCUUUGCAAGUUCUCCGGGGAGAGCUGACACCACUCAAGUACAACACAGAUCGCAUCCACGUACUCAGCGGGUACUUAAUGUGUAGCCAUGCUGAGGAUCUGAGGGCCAAGGCAGAGUGGGAGGGCAAGGGUACAGCCUCACGCUGCCGGCUGCUGGAUAAAUUACAGACAUACCUGCCACCCUCCGUCAUGCUGCCCCCUCGACGACUGCACACCCUGCUGCGGCAAGCGGUGGAGCUGCAGAGGGACCGCUGCCUUUAUCAUAACACCAAGCUGGACAGUAACCUGGACUCGGUCUCUCUCCUCCUCGAUCAUGUCUGCAGCAGGAAACAGUUCCCCUGUUACACGCAGCAGAUUCUGACGGAGCAUUGUAAUGAGGUGUGGUUCUGCAAAUUCUCAAACGAUGGCACCAAACUAGCGACUGGUUCCAAAGACACUACUGUCAUAAUUUGGCAAGUGGACCCGGAGAGCCACCAGCUGAAGCUGCUGCGAACCCUGGAGGGUCAUGCGUACGGAGUCUCCUACUUAGCAUGGAGUCCUGAUGACACCUACCUGAUCGCCUGUGGACCUGACGACUGCUCUGAGCUCUGGCUCUGGAAUGUUCAGACGGGGGAGCUGCGGACCAAAAUGUCCCAGUCUCACGAAGACAGUCUGACAAGUGUGGCUUGGAACCCUGAUGGCAAACGCUUUGUUACUGGAGGACAAAGGGGACAAUUUUAUCAAUGUGACCUGGACGGUAACUUGUUAGACUCCUGGGAGGGGGUGAGAGUGCAGUGCCUGUGGUGCCUGGGUGAUGGCAGGACAGUGCUGGCCUCAGACACACACCAGCGUAUCCGAGGGUACAACUUCGAAGACCUUACGGACAGAAACAUAGUUCAAGAGGACCACCCUAUCAUGUCUUUUACAGUUUCAAAGAAUGGAAGAUUAGCUUUGUUAAAUGUAGCAACUCAGGGAGUACACCUGUGGGACCUUCAGGACCGGGUGCUGGUAAGGAAGUACCAAGGUGUAACCCAGGGCUUCUACACCAUCCACUCCUGCUUCGGAGGACACAAUGAAGACUUCAUUGCCAGUGGCAGCGAAGACCACAAAGUGUACAUCUGGCAUCGGCGUGGUGAACUUCCCAUCGCUGAGCUCACAGGCCACACGCGCACCGUUAACUGUGUGAGCUGGAACCCGGCCAUCCCAGGCCUCAUGGCUUCCGCCUCAGACGACGGCACAGUGCGUGUCUGGGGUCCUGCACCCUUCCUCGACUCUCAAGAGACGGAUGGACUCAACGAAAACUGCAGUAACAUGGACAGUUGAUGGUGACUUAUGGAGCAGAUGACAUCUCUUAACAACAAUCCAAGAAUCCCACAAUAAAACUAAAUUGAAACAGGCAGAUGAGACCUAACGCCAACGUAAAGCAAGUGAAGAAUUACCAACAAAAGCCACCAAAAGAAGAAACAAAAGCGAGGAAAAUUAGUCUCCUGACUGGCCUAGACGAAACGAUGGAGGCGAUGACGGACGCUCUGAAAAUUCAAGUCCUCAUCCCAAAUCUGAUCCUGACCCAGAGGCCUGGAAAACUUGUCGGUGCCCAGCGGGAUACUCCUCCGGUGAGCUGCUGCAAUGGCUCCUCUCCUCUUCCUAUUGACCCUUCUUCCUCCAUUUUGCUGCAUGGUCACCAGCCAUGCCAGGUCCUUGCAAGUUUCCCAGGAAACCCACCUCCACCUUGAGCCUAGAGCACAUCAAGUCCUGGUGAUUCCUCCAGAGAGACACUGCAGACCAGCCGUCUACUCAUUGGACUACAUCUGUCUGCCUGUUUGUCUCUCCCGUUACCGGUGUAAUGUCUCCAUGGACGUGGGUGGGGUGUUGUCGGGGGAAGGCGGCGCAUAGGGGGAUAUAGCAACUCUUCUGUAUGUAUGUUCUCCUCUCCCCCUCUUUCUGGCUUUUUUCCGCAUUUGAUCUUUCGGACAAAGGCUGAACAUCCACCGUAACAGUGAGCGACCAGCUGACAAAGAACACAUAAAAAAAAAAAAGAGGCUAUGCUAAAUGUUGGAACUUUUUUAUGAUAGUCAUAGCGUUUCAUUAAAGAGGUGAAUCUUAGCUCGAGUAGUGCCCGUGGAAAGCUUUAGCGUCAAGAUUCCACUUUCUGUUUCUCAACAUUAGGAAGAAAAAAAAACUUUUUAUUCCUUAAUUUAACUUCUAACAAGGACAGUCGCUGUACUGUUUCCAACUGACAGGCCCCCCCUCAAUGUCCUCUGUCAAGCUAGCUAUCGCACAACUCCGUUUCAUCUGCCUAAGAGGAGGACAGACACAGGUCACAUAUCAACUGUGAGGGGGUCACUUGUUUCCAGUGUCGAGACGUGUACUCCGACCUUUCUCAAACUUUCAGAUGUGAAAGUGCAAUUUGAAUUGCACGCCGGUGACUGCUGUCUCUCCUCUGUGUGUGUGUACGUGUGUGUGUGUGUGUGUGUGUGUGUGUGUAUGAGUGAGUGAGAGCGUUUAUGCAUGCACACAUUAGUGUGAGAGUUGACAUUAUUGGGUGCAGAUUUAAUUGGCGCGUGUUUUUUUUUUUUUUUUUUUUUUUUUUUUUUUUUUUUUGUAUGUGUUCAAUUCGCACCAGCAGACAGUUCUCACCCCACCCCGCUUCCCCUACACUCCUACUCCCGUAGAAAAAAUUAUAAAGAGGAUUUUAAACCAAUUCUGAGUUAUCCAAAGCCCCAUAGGGACCUCUAUCUGUGGAACAAAUAAUACUUGAGAGCCAUUUUGUAAAAGAAGAUGUUUUUUUUAAUCUGGGGCUUUCAUUUUUACAUUUGAGUUCUUUUCUCCUUACCGCGUGGCAUUCAAAUGGCACUGAGUUAUUGGCAUCGGACUUGUGGGAAAAAGACAUUGGAAACAGAGCAAUUUGAGUGAGGCAUGUUUAAGAAGAAGCUAUUUCGUGUUGUGUUAUUAGCAAAGGGUCAUUUCAUAUGAGAAGUUAAUGAUUGUAAUUACUGGACGAGUAGUUAGCGCGGCCGUAGAGAGAGAAGAGGCACCGAUAACCAGAAGCACGCUCUGAGCGCACAGUUAAGGGAGUGUUGUUGCAAUCCUAAAGUACACACACAAACUGCCUUCCUGUUCAUACAAUUGCACACAAACCUUCAGUAUGUAUGACACCCCCCCACUGCACUUUGAGUGGUCUUUUAUGCUCUCUUGCACAUACAGCAAUGGCAUAAAUCCAUGAUGUUCAUAACCUUAUGGAUCUUGCCGCAUUGGGCAAAGACGUAAACCCAGCAGGAGAUUGCUAAAGGAAACCCUUACUAUGCCUCUAUGCAUCCAAACCAGUGACUGAUCUCGUAGACUUUACAAAACUCACAUUUAAAAGGCACGGCAGCCACAUCUCGAGGGUACCACUCUUGAAGCUUAGAGAGAAUUCAGCAUUAACACCCCCCCCUUGCUCUCUAGCCAAGUUAUUCAGUGGUCAGUGCACCAUUCAAAGCUUUCUUCCUCCCUUUUUCAGGGUAUGUAAUGACUAUUUGCUACAGACUGAUAUACAGUAAAUGUUUAAAAACAGUGCUUUUCUGUCUGUUUUUAUUGAACUUUUUUGUUACUUAAAUUUUUUGUUCGCAUUAUAUCAUUUUUUUUUUUUUUUUUUUUGGUUGAUCUCUGUCCCUGUAUGAUCAUAUUAAAAUAUAACCAGACUUUUGGAGUCCUCUUUAUUUUUUAUAAUCUCUAUUACCCCUCUUAUCUUUCUUUUACGUAUAUAUCUUUUAGUUUGUUUGUAUUCUGUUGCGUCUCGUCCACCACUAAUAUCACAAAUGAAUAUGCACAGUAACACCCAUGCCAAUCGGAGUGGGAAAGGUUUUAGGAAGUGUGUUACCUACAAUCAAAAUCAGGUUCGAACUAUAUCCACCCCUCGCCUUUAAAGAGUUUCCGUCAUGUGAAAAAUCCACUUUAUCGCAUGUCUGUGUAAUUGACCGAUAUCUCCCUCUCUCUCUCGGUGUGCCAUCGUGGAUUUCUCCCAACUCGCGUCAAAGCCAAAUCAUUUGAGGCACAUGGUGUUCUCUGUAGGUUGUGUUUGUUGUGGUUCUGAUGUUCACACUAUGGAAACCUCUUGGACCACAGAAUGGAUCCCCUCUCCCGCACCCGCAUCAUUUCAGAAGACUUGAGGCGAAAUCGUUGACACUAUGAACACAAAUAAGAGUUUAGGUUAAAAAAAACCCAUCAUUCACCUGCUGGUGACAAAUGCUAUGUCUGUAUGCAACCCAGUGUCUACUCUGUUCUUUUGUCUGAGUUUACCAGGGGAGUUGUUUCUGAUUUAACUACGUCUUACUUCUCAGAGGUGGUGUUGGUGGUGGUGGUGGGUAGGGACUGGGUGGGGGUUUACUAAGGGCUUACUGUAGCAUCUCUAAGUUCCUUGGGCGGGAAGGGAAGGGAAGAUGUGUGGGUUUGCGUUCAAUGUGUUAUUUACAAAAGUGAUUGUACUGUUUUGUAUUGUUGUGUAGGAAAAGUGUUAUGUAUGCAUAUUUUCAAUAAAGCAUUCAGGGUUUUGAAAAAAAAUUAAAAUGGCCCAUGGAAGUUUGAUGGGACAGGAGGCCGUGCAGGCCAAAGUCAUGGAUACUUAGAAAACCCGUCUCUCCCUGCCCUUAUACCAGUGUGCAUAUCCAGGCUGACCCUGAAUCACUGACCUGGCAAAGCAUGUGUCAAGGUCAAAAAGUUGGUUAGAAUUUUUGUCAAAUUCUUUCAUUCUUUUUUUUUUUUUGUAUUGAGUCGUUUAUUUCUAAAUGUCUUGAAAGCAAUGUCUAGAGAUAGACCAUCUGGGAAGAGGCUGUCUUUGAUGCCAACAGUAAUAAUAAUAAGAACAAUUGCCAAUAAAAAAUUAUUUUAAGUAA